AUCGUCCCCGCCCCGUCGCCAGCCCCUCCAGGAGCAAAUACAGAGCAACUUCAUUGUGGUGAUACAUCCCGGCUCAAUGACCUUGCGGAUUGGCAGAGCAACAGACACACUUCCUGUCAGCAUUCCUCACAUCAUUGCAAGAAGACACAAACAGCCAGGGCAACCCAUACACAAAGACAGUUGGCUUCUUAGAGAAGGACUCAAUAAACCUGAAAGUACUGAACAAAGACAAAAUGGUCUUAAAAUGGUUGACCAAGCAAUAUGGUCCAAAAAGAUGUCAAACGGUGCCAGGCGUAUACCAGUGUCACCUGAUCAGGCUCGAUCUUAUAACAGACAGAUGAGACCUGCCAUUUUAGAACACAGCUCUGGGACAAAAUGGACAAACACUGCACAUCACCCAGAAUAUGUUGUUGGAGAAGAGGCAUUGUACGUUAACCCUCUGGACUGUUACAGUAUUCAUUGGCCCAUCCGACGAGGACAGCUUAAUCUUCACUCAGGACCCGGUGGCUCCCUUACAGCAGUCCUAGCUGAUCUUGAAGUAAUAUGGUCACAUGCAAUCCAGAAAUAUUUAGAAAUACCUCUGAAAGAUUUGAAGUAUUACAGAUGCAUUUUAUUAAUUCCAGACAUUUAUAAUAAACAACAUGUGAAGGAAAUAGUAAACAUGAUCCUAAUGAAGAUGGGCUUCUCAGGAAUAGUGGUGCAUCAAGAAUCUGUCUGUGCUACUUUUGGAAGUGGCUUAGGUAGUGCAUGUGUUGUUGAUGUGGGGGACCAGAAGACAGGUGUCUGCUGUGUUGAAGAUGGUGUUUCACAUCGUAACACCAGGUUAUGCCUUGCAUAUGGAGGUUCUGAUGUGUCAAGAUGCUUCUAUUGGCUUAUGCAGCGAGCUGGAUUCCCUUACAGAGACUGUCAUUUAUCUAAAAAGACAGAUUGCCUUCUCCUCCAGCACUUAAAAGAAACAUUUUGUCAUUUAGACCAGGAUUUAUCUGGACUGAAAGACCAUGAGUUCCAGGUCCGUCACCCAGAUUCCCCAGCUUUGUUAUAUCAGUUGCGCUUAGGAGAUGAAAAAUUACAGGCUCCAAUGGCAUUAUUUUAUCCAGCAACAUUUGGAAUUGUGGGGCAGAAAAUGACAUCUUUACAACAGAGAUCGCAAGGUGAUCCUGAGGAUCCACAUGAUGAACAUUAUCUCUUAGCUACACAAAGUAAGCAGGAGCAGUCUGCAAAAGCAACAGCUGAUCGGAAGUCCAUGUCCAAGCCUAGUGGAUUUGAGGGAGAUGUGCGUGGCCAAUCUGCAAAUGUUGCUGAAAAUCUCUAUCCUCCAGAAGUGGAGUUAGGCACUUCUCACGGAGAGUGUAUUAUUGGUGGAAAUGAUUCUGAAGAACCACUAACAGCUCACAUGUCCAGAAAAACUGCUGUAUCUCAGUUUGAAGGGAAAGCUUUAGGCCUUGACAAAGCAAUUCUACAUAGUAUUGAUUGCUGUGCAUCAGAUGAUACAAAGAAGAAAAUGUAUAGUUCAAUCCUGGUAGUAGGAGGUGGUCUGAUGUUUCACAAAGCCCAAGAAUUUCUUCAGCAUAGAAUUCUCAACAAAAUGCCUCCUUCUUUUCGGAGAGUUGUUGAAAAUGUAGAAGUCAUUACCAGACCUAAGGAUAUGGAUCCUCGCUUGAUUGCUUGGAAGGGGGGUGCUGUUUUAGCAUGCCUGGAUACAACACAGGAGCUUUGGAUAUAUCAACGAGAAUGGCAGCGUUUUGGUGUCCGAAUGUUACGUGAAAGAGCAGCUUUUGUGUGGUGAUACAGUAAAGUUUUAGAGAUGAUGGAAUGCUGGUUGUAAUGUUUUUCCUUUAGAAUUCCAAACUUGCCCAUAAUCCUUUUUUUAAAUAAAAUAAAAUAAAGGAAAUGUA